CAGUCAUCUUGCCAGUGAAGAGAGACCUGCUCGAUCAGGAUCUCGUAUUUUUUCUUAUGGUGUUCGUGUUCUUCUGUUUGGCCUAAAUAACAUGUUUUAAUUUUUUUAAUCGCUAUAAAUAUUGAUAACAUAAACAAUGAAUAAAAUUAUUAUCUAAUUUUGAGUUGUAUUUAUGGUGCGCACUUAAGUAAUUGACGAAAAAUGAAUUCUGACCAAUAUUAACUCGUAGUAAUUUUAUUCUGAGUAACUUUUUCUUAAUUGAGUUAGUUAUAAGUAUGAAAACUACUGAUAUUAACGAACAGGAGUGGGACGUGGAAAAAGGUUUGCCGAGAGGAGUCGCCACUGAUCUGAGCGGCGGCGGCGACGACGACGACGACGACGACGACCGUAGCAGCGGCGGUAACCCGAACGCCCGAAACGCCGACAAUUGUUGCGACAACGCGGGCACGGAGGUGGUCGACGGCGUUCACGGCAAGCGGCAUCAGCGACUCGACGGCGGCGGCGGCUGCGGCGGCGGCGACAGUAAAAGUACCGGUGGUGGCGGAGGCGGCGGCGGCAGAGCACGCGGAGCGGUGUGCGCCGCGGUAAAAGUCAUCGUCGCCGCAGCGGCGUUCACUGUGACGUGCGCGUUCGUAUGGUACACUAUGGGCCUGCCGUUCCUGUUGCAAGUCGUCGUGGUCGCGACCAUCGCGUUUGUCGCCAGCGGUGGUUACAAAUUCGUCUACCUGGUGUACCGCACCGCGCCCAGGGACCUCAGAGCGCUAUUUCGUUAUUUAUACUUUUUGUACACGGCGAAGAAAUUGGGUAAAAACAACUGGACCGUCGCAGAUGUAUUCAAACACAUGGUUGUGAAGAAUACCCCUCACAAAGUGUUAUUUGUGUUCGAAGACAAAGAAUGGACUGCGCUGCAGGUUGAAGAAUACAGUAACAAAGUGGCAAAUGCUAUGUUGGAGAAAGGUUUCAAGAAGGGCGAUGUGGUCGGAUUGCUGAUGGAAAACCGACCCGAGUUUGUUGCCAUUUGGUUGGGCAUGUCCAAAGUGGGCAUCGUAAGCGCGUUGAUUAACUACAACCAGAGGAUGGUGUCGCUGCUCCAUUCCAUCAAAGUGGCCAACUGUACCAGUUUGAUUUACGGGGCCGAGUUGUCAUCGGACAUCGACGAUAUCAAAGAUGAUUUGGACAACGAUAUUAAACUGUUUAAAUUUUCGGCCACUUCACCGCUCGCCAACGACGGUACCUACUUGAACCACCUUCUUGAAAAAGCGUCACCUUCCGCACCGAACCCACCAGAAAAACCCGGCUACAACGACAAACUGCUGUACAUUUACACGUCCGGUACCACCGGUUACCCGAAAGCAGCCAUCAUUACCAACGUCAGAUAUAUUUUCAUCGCCGGUGCUUAUGCGUAUCAAGUAGGCCUCAAGUACAGCGAUCGGUUCUACACCCCAAUGCCGCUGUACCAUACCGCCGCCGGCAUAAUGUGCAUCGGCCAAUCGCUUCUUUAUGGCUGUACCACGGUCAUACGGAAGAAGUUUUCCGCUUCCGGGUACUUCCAAGACAUUGCCAAGUACAACUGUACCGCGGCUCAGUACAUCGGUGAAAUGUGUCGCUACAUUUUGGCCACUCCGCCCAAAGCCGACGAUACAAACCACAAGUUGAGAAUCAUAUUCGGAAACGGCCUGAAACCUCAGAUAUGGAAAGAAUUCGUGUCCAGAUUCAACGUACCGCGGGUCGCAGAGUUCUAUGGUUCAACGGAGGGAAACGCAAACAUCGCCAAUACGGAUAACACGUUCGGAGCCAUUGGCUUCGUAUCCAGACUGAUACCCAGCAUAUAUCCGAUAUCGAUUAUACGGGUAAACCCGGAGACGUGCGAACCCAUCCGAAACGCUGAUGGACUUUGCACCCGAUGUAACCCAGGUGAACCGGGCGUGAUUGUUGGAAAAAUAAUCUCGACCAACCCGUCUAGACAGUUCUUGGGCUACGUCAACAACGAGGAAUCUGAGAAAAAAAUUGUGCGUGACGUGUUCGAUAAGGGGGACGCUGCCUUCCUGUCUGGUGAUUUGCUCGUGGCUGACGAAUGGGGUUACCUGUACUUUAAAGACAGAACCGGAGAUACGUUCAGAUGGAAAGGUGAAAAUGUUUCCACAGCUGAAGUCGAAGGAGUUGUUAGCAACAUUGCCGGUUACCGUGAUUGUGUUGUAUAUGGAGUAGAGGUGCCUAAUUCUGAGGGCCGUGCUGGUAUGGCUGCUAUUGUGGACAAGGAUAAUACUUUGGAUAUAUCCACUUUGUCAGAUGGAUUACAAAAAGCUCUGCCAAGCUAUGCACGACCAUUGUUCAUUAGAAAACUCAGUGAAGUUGAAAUGACAGGUACAUAUAAAUUGAAAAAAUUAGACUUGCAAAGAGAUGGAUUCGAUAUUGGGCGGAUUAAGGAUCAAGUGUAUUACAGCAACAGCAAGGGCAUUUACCAAGAAUUGACUACUGAAGCAUACACAGAUAUUGUAUCAGGAAAAAUAAGGUUGUAAAUAAAUUGUAGGAAUAG